AUGGAAGCUGUAAAAGUUGUUGUAAGGGUCCGACCCUUAAAUCAAGCAGAAAAAAAUCGAGGAAAUUAUAGUAUACUUCAAAUUGACCGUGAGUUCAAUCAAUGUAUAAUUACAAACCCAAAAACUCAACUACCAAAAACAUUCGCGUAUGACUCAGUUUAUGACGAGCAAAGUGCUCAGCAGCUGUUAUAUGAUGAAACAGCUUAUCCUUUAGUUGAAAGCGUCCUUCAAGGCUAUAAUGGAACUAUAUUUGCGUAUGGGCAAACAGGAUGUGGGAAAACAUAUACAAUGGUUGGAGUUCAUGAUCAGCCUGAACUUACUACCCUGAUGCAGAUUUAUUUCGUAAAUUUAUAUUUUUCUUAUCAAUUAAAGCCAUUCAAUAAAUAUUCACUUUUUUAAUAUUUAGCAAGGAAUAGAGUGAAAGCACUGCUUUUGCUUCUUUAUUGGCAAUAUAAUUUCAUUAAAAAUAGACUUGUAAGCGUUAAUUUGCAAAAAGUAUGCUCCCAAAACAGUUCUUUAACAUCAUUCAAAUAUAAUGCAGGAGUUAGAGGAAUUAUUCCAAAUUCAUUUUGCCACGUUUUCGGUGCUAUCGCAGAAGCUCCUCAUGAAAAAUGUUUUUUAGUUCGUUGUAGCUACUGUGAAAUAUAUAACGAAGAAAUCAGAGACUUAUUGCAUUUUGAUCCAAAUGUGAAACUUGAAUUAAAGGAAAAUAAAGACAAUGGGAUUUACGUAAAAAACUUAUCAAUGCAUAUUGUAAAGAAUAUAGAUGACAUUGAGCAGGCAAUGGCUAUGGGAAAUACACAUAGAAUUACUAAAGAAACUGCAAUGAAUGAAAGGUCUUCAAGAUCUCAUGCAAUUUUUACUAUUUAUAUUGAAACCAGUGAAGAAAUUGAAGGAAGACAAAUUAUCAAGGCUGGGAAAUUAAAUUUAGUUGAUUUAGCAGGCUCUGAAAGGCAAAAAAAAACUGGAACUGCUGGAGAGGCACUGAAAGAAGCUAUUGAGAUUAAUCUAUCUUUAAGCGCAUUAGGAAAUGUAAUCAGCGCCUUAGUUGAUGGCAACGCUAAUUCACUCUAAAAAUAAAUUUUAAAUAACUCUGCUAAAAUAAAUAAUUUAUUUUUAAAUUAAAUUUCUUAAUAUGGAGUUAAAAGCACAUUCCAUACAGAGAUUCAAAAUUAACAAGACUUCUACAAGAUUCUCUAGGAGGAAACACUAAAACUGUUAUGAUUGCUGUAUGCUCCCCUGCAGAUUAUAAUUAUGAUGAAAGUUUAAGCACUUUACGGUAUGCUUCUCGAGCCAAAUUUAUCCAAAAUAAGCCAAAAGUCAAUGAAGAUCCCAAAGAUGCUCUUCUUAGACAAUACGCUGAAGAAAUAGAAAGGCUAAAACGAAUGCUCGAAGAAAGAAAAAGUGGGGAGCCUAUUUAUAUAGAAAAAAUUGUAGAGAAAGAGAAAAUUGUGGAAAGAGAAAAAAUUGUGGAAGUUGAAGCAAAACGAAAGCAGAAAAAGAAAAAGAAAAAAGCGCCAAAAGUAGGAGUUUUAGAGUCAGAUAGUGAAGAAGAGUAUCCUGAUGACUUUGAAACUUCUAUGCUAAAUGGUAAAAUAAACAAUAAAAGCCUAUCUUCGACAGAUUCGGCAGAAAAUACAAUUGAAAAUGAAACCCAAGCAGCUAGGAAAAAAUCAUCAAAAACAAAAAAGAGGCCUAAAGAUGCAAGGAGUAGAGAGGAAGAUCUGAAUGGUACUGAAAGAUCAUCUAAAGUUAAGCAGGAUACUUCAGAAAUCUGAGAAGAAGAUGAAGAACAAGAAGGAACAGCGGAAAAACCAAAAUCUAACUCCCCUCCUCCGUGAGUGAACAAAACCAUUAGAAAAAUCGCUAUUUAUUGCCCAAAAACCCACCCUCCAUGAAUGAACAAAAAUUUUUUUAAUAGAAAAAUUUUUUAUUGAAAAAAAUUUUGAUACAUAAGUGAUAAUUAGUAUAAUGAAAUCUAGAGCUAAUUCUGUGUAAUUUUAAACAAAUUGCUUUUUAAAACAUAUAUUUUAUAAAUUAAAUUAAUAUUUGCUUUCAAAUUUUUGCGAAUUAGAAUUUUUUUAAAUUUUGAAAAAAAAUUGUUUACAAAGUUUAUAUAUAAAUUUUUGUUAAAAAAAAAAAUUAAUCACCCUCCACGAGUGAACAAAAUUUUUUGUUCACUCACGGAGGGGGGAGUAAGCAAAAUCAUAGAGAAAUCCAAAUGAAAGAAGAAGAUUCAACAGGGAAUGGAAGAUCCCGAAGUCCAAGCAAAAAGAAAUCUAAAGCUAAAUCCAGUACAGCAGACUUAGCUGUAUCAAAAGACGAAAAAGUUUCUCUAAAGGACAAAGAUUUGAGGAAAAGCUCAGCUGAGCCUAAAUCAUCUCGGCUGAAAAAGCAGCCUUCUUUUAAAGAAGAAACCCAAGCACUCCAGCUAGAACUCGAACAAAAAGAAAAAUUCCUACAAGAAGAAAAAGGCCAACGUGAAGAAAUGGAGCAGAUGAUUGAAGAAAUCCAGAAAAAAUUAAUAGCAGGCGGCGAAGAGCUUAACAAAGCCGAAAAAGAAAGGCUAAACGCCCAACGCGAGUUCAGAAACAAAUUAAAAAAACAAAGACAAAGAGAAAAAGCUUUAGCUGAAGAAAAUCGGAAAAAAGAAGAAGAAAUGCUGAUGAAAGAAAAACAGUACCAGAAUUUGCAAGAAGAAGUUGAUGAUUUAAGGAAAGUCAUAAUGAAAUUAAGACUCAAAUAUAAAUCAUCAUUAGCAGAAAUUGAUGAUCUUAAUCAUGAAAAUGAACAAGAAAAAGAAGGAUUAUUGGAAACCAUUAGGUCGAAAGAUAGGGAAACUGAAUUCUUGCAUAAGGUAUUUGAGUUUAUGCUUCCGCCUAAUGAGCUACAGAAGAUUAGGCAGAGAUCAAGAUGGGAUGAAGAUAAUCAUGAAUGAAAAAUUCCAGCAUUUGUAAUUCAGCAAAAACAGAUCACUUUUCCUAAACUACCGAAGCAGCAGCUGAGAGAAAUAUAUUAGAUUUGGUUGAAAUUUAAAUAAUAGUUUAGAAUUUAGGCUGUUUUAAUUAAUAAAUUAUGGAGAAGGAUUAUUUUUGUGAGAUCGAAAUUAAUAAAAAUAAAAAUAGUUCAAAAUGAACUGAAAACUAGGGCUGUUAUUUAUCAGUCCCAAGAUAAAAGUCAGCAGCAAACUUCAAAUAAUGCUGAAUAUGAGGAAGAACCAAUUGAAGACUUGAGAAAUGUAAGAUUUUCUGAUUGAAAAGAAAACGAUGGAAGGCAAAACAAGCAAGACUAUGAAGAGUACAAUGAAAAUGGCUACGCGAAUCCAAAAUAUGAUAAUUUCAAUGCAAUUUAUGAAGCUGAUGGAAGACCUAUCACAAGUGGUGGCCGCAGCAGAGAAUCCCAAUCUCAAAAACCUGUUAAAAAUCCUCCUCUUGAGCCAAUUAACUUAAAAUCCCUUACAGGAGAAGGCAAAAGUGCAGUGCUCGGCCAAGAAAUUUCAAAAUCUCCAGCUGUCAGAGCCAAAAUUUCUGCUCAAGGGAAACCUGUUCUCCAACCUAUAGAUCAUAAGCCUGGCAUAGAAAAGCGAAAAUCCUCCCAAGAAAGACUAGUAAGAGCCUAG